CUACCUAUCAACUACGGUGCGGUGCUAAUGUCUAACCAAAGCGACUUCUGUCUCCCCUUUGACAUCAUGCAAGCAUGGAAAGCAGGUCUCUUGCGGAAGGCUAUGCAACCAGAGCCAUUCAUCAAAAUUCGAAGCAAUAUAUUUGUUGAACGGAAGCGCCGGACAGAAACGAGUCCUAUGGUGUGUCAUUGUACACCACCGCCUCCAGGAGCAGGAAAAGUUGGAUGUGGUGAAGACUGCUAUAACCGCGUCAUGUUUUACGAGUGCAUCUCAGCGCAUUGCCCAUGUGGAGACCAAUGCUCAAACCAGCGAUUCCAGAAGAAGCAUGAUGAAGAUCAUCUUCGUGUUAUUUGGACCCAGGAGCGAGGUUUCGGUAUUCAGACAAUGGCGCCCAUCAAGAAAGGAAGCUUGGUCAUUGAGUAUCGCGGUGAAGUUAUUUCGCAAAAUGAAUGUCAUAGACGGAUGAAAACUAUUUACAAAAACAACAAAAAUUUUUACUUUCUUGAGUAUGAGAAAGGCGAGGUUGUCGAUGCGUGCCAAAAAGGCACCAAUGCUCGAUUCGUCAACCACAGCUGCUCGCCUAACAGUCAGAUUGAAAAAUGGUUUUUAAAUGGUGAGAUGAGUAUUGGCAUUUUCGCCUCUCAAGACAUUCCUGCAGGAACAGAGAUCAGUUAUGACUACAAUUUUUCAUCAUUCAGCGGUGCUCAAAAACAAAAAUGCCGUUGUGGCGCACCUAAUUGUCGUGGUUACAUUGGAGAGCGUAUCAGCAAGAGCAAGGACUUACCAGCAACUGGAAGUGGAUCUUCAUUGGCAUUUGCGUCAGUAUCACAAUUACCUUCAGGACGUUCUGGCAAAAAAGCAGAUGCAAGAAAGCGUAAAGCAGGCCGUCGCAAGGUAAACAAGGUUCUACUAGCGCUUUAG